GCUAUCCUUUAAUGAAGGAAAGUCUCCAGGAGAUACACAUUUUCUCAUCUAAUGCUCAGUCUUCGGAUUUAAAUCUUUCGGCUGCUCAAGAAUGACCACUUUAGUUUUCUCAAACCUCCAGUUCCUAAAUAUUGUGAUGGUGGCGUUAACUGGCUUGAGCCGCAGCAGUCCAGUCAAGCUUGCUGAAACUCACCAUAGGACAUCAGUUGGCAUGGAUAUAAUUGGCAGUCCUCUCCACAGUGCACAGGACUUUUUGAGCCAGUUUCUGUCCACACUGAACCUCACCAGGCUAAGGUCUCAGCCUAGGAUGCCCGCCGCCCAGAAAGAGCCACUUCCAGAGUACAUGCUGGAGCUCUACAACAGAUUUGUCAAUGACGGCACUGCGGUGCCGUCUGCCAACGUCGUGCGAAGUUUCAAGAAUGAAGAUUCUUCCGCCCAAAGUAUAAAAGCCACUGGUGUACGGAUACAUCCCCUCCUAUUCAAUAUCUCCAUCCCACAACAUGAGCAUAUCACAAUAGCUGAGCUACGACUCUUCAUGCUUGUGCGAAAAGCCCAAAGACCACAUGCUGGGUUCAGUUGCAAUGUGACAAUCUACAAGACACAUGACGGUGUUGUUUGGACACAAGAGGUGGGGAAAGAAGGGAGAGAGAGGGAUAAAGAGGAGGUGCCUGGGAUGAAGGAUUUGGAGGAACUGGUGACAAAGCACAUUCAUGCCAAAGAUAAUAGCUGGGUGUCAUUUGACCUCACUCAUGUGGUGACACUCUGGCAGAAGUCAGGGUGCACAACUCAUAGGCUGGAGGUUCAUAUCAAAAGCCUGGAGGCAGACGAGGAAGGGGCCACGCAAGAAGCAAUAGAAAGUGGCAAAAGCUUGGCUGAGGUUGAUAUUGACAGGACCAUGGAAGGGCAACACAAUUCAGUGGUGAUUGUGUUCUCAGAUGACCAGACCAGAGAUAAUAGAGAAGACAGACAAGAAUUAAGUCAGAUGAUUAAACAUAAGAGUGACCUUCCUGAUAACAUGAUUAUGAUCCACCAACCUCUUUCUGUUCAUGCAAAUCUCAACUCUGACUACCCUGGCCAGGACGAGCUGGAAGAGAAGCCUACCUUGCUCUGGUCCAACCUUGUCUACGACACACCCUCUCGAAUCCGCCGCAGUGCCAACAGCGAGUCGUGCAGGCGGAUGCCUCUGUAUGUGGAUUUUAAAGAGAUCGGCUGGGACUCAUGGAUUAUCCAGCCUUUGGGCUAUGAAGCGUACAAGUGCAAUGGCGUGUGCAGCACACCCAUGACCUCAGAGGUUUCUCCCACCAAGCAUGCCAUAGUGCAGACUCGGCUGAGCCUCAAGCGCCCCGAACGAGCAUCGGCUGCCUGCUGUGUUCCAACAAAGCUUGAACCGAUCUCUCUUCUUUAUCACGAUAAUGGAGUUGUCACUUUGAACCACAAGUAUGAGGGGAUGGUGGUGGCAGAGUGUGGCUGCAGAUAACAUUGCAGAGAAAAACAGACUUUUAGUUCAAGAUCUAAAUCUAUCAAUCUAUUUAUCAUUCUCAUGUGCUUGUUUGUUUCCACAGAAUCCGAGAUUCCAUACAGUGGACUAAGUGUAAAUUAGGGAUGAACACAUGAUGUAAAUUUGCAGCUGUAUAAAGGCCAGUCCCUGAAUGUUUUAUUACAGUAAUAUAUAACAGAAACAUUUGAACUAAUGCAACAAAGUGUUUCACAUUAGUCUGUUACAGUUCCAUAUACAUUUUUGGAUUAAAAUAGUGUUUUGCAAGCACUUCAGUUUAUCUUUUCAUAUUGUAGUCGAUUGCCAUAUUUAUACAGUGGUAAACUGCCUUGCAAAAUCACUCAAAUCCCUUGAACUUUUUCUCAUUUUGUCAUUUUAUUUCAAUGUAUUUUAAUGGGAUUUUAUGAGGUAGACCAACACAAAGUGGCACAUAAUUGUAAUGUACCAGUAAUAGGAAAAGGAUUUAGUCAUGAGGCCCAUGGUAACUCUGCAGGAGUUGCAGGGAUCCACAGUUCAGAAUGUCAGAUGGACAAACUGGUAGUUCUACACUAUACUGAUAUUCCCAUUACUAUUUUGCAAGGAAGAAUUGGUAGAAAUCUAAGUCUUUGUGUGAUAUACCCCAAAAGACCUGCAGCUGUAAUUGCAGUGAAAGGUGGUUCUGCAAAGUAUUGACUAAGGGAGGCUGGGUACAAGCAUGCACAACAUGUUUGCGACUUUUUUUUUUUUCCACUUCACAGUGAUGCACUACUUUGUGUUGGUCUAUCAGAUAAAAUCUCAAUGGUAUGAAUCAUUUUGUAAAGAACAUUGGGAAACAAGAAGAUUUUGAUAUUUGGGAAUUGUAAUUUCACUUCGGCUUUUUUAGGUAAAAAAGAAAGCUUCAUAUUUAUAGCACAAAUAUUACAACUCUCAUUGUAUCCACUGUCAGACAUUUAAUGACAUGCAGAUGUGGGAUCUGUAGAGACAUAAAAGAGGCACUCUUAUAAUAAUAUAUACCGUAAAAUGUCAAGUUUGUAAAAAAGGAAUAAGACUAAAAAUAUGAAAAAAACCAUCCUGCCAAAAUGCUCAUGGAAAUAAUGCACUUGCUGCAAAACUGUAAAUUGCGAAAGGCAUCUUGGAAGCUCUGAGAUCAUUUAACAACUGUAAUAUUCUGUCUCUAAGUUGUUUGCCAAACUUGUAGGAUUUGGACCAGAGAAGGAUUUCGAAGUGCCUUGGAGCCCAACAGGGCUACUUUUUAGAAAGUAGCUUUCUCGUCCUAAUAAAUAUGAUUUUUAGCUGCUCUGAAAUAUGUCUUUAUACAAAUAAUUCACAUCCUGCUUUUGUUUCACACACCAAUGUGAAUAGUAUUGGGCUUACUAAAAUAAAAUAUCUGAAAACAAACA